UUACUACUGGUCAAUGGUCAUUGUUGGUUGACGAUUUUAAUAUUUUUAACUUCGAUUUUGUGAUUUUUUCAUAAUUAUUAUAUCUGUGUUUAGUUGUUUAGUAUACUUUAUUAUGGGUAUAUUGUAAGUUGGAAUUUAAAUUGCAGAUGUUUUUUACGUUAUUGUUGCAUUCAGACAAUAAAGGUUGUUGAAAACAUGAUUUCAAGAAAGGUUUUGAAAACAGGAACUCUUCGAGUUAUUGGGGGUAAUAUGAUGAUAUAUCAACAGAAUUUGUCUAUGACAACACAGGAGCCAGCCAAGAUUGAAAAAACUAUCAAUAGUGUACAACUCCUAGGAAGGGUAGGUGCAGAUCCACAAAAGAAAGGAACAAAUGAUCAUCCUGUAGCAGUAUUUUCUUUAGCUACCCAUUCAAACUAUCGUUAUGAAACAGGAGAAUUUUUACAACGGACGGAAUGGCAUAGAGUGAUAUGUUUUAAACCAGGUCUUCGAGAGACUAUAUUAAAUUAUUUGAAAAAGGGCCAGAGGGUUCAUGUUACAGGCAGAAUCACAUAUGGCGAAAUAACAGGAGAAGAUGGAAAAUCUAAGAGCACGACUGCUAUAGCAGCUGACGAUGUAAUUUUUUUUCAAAGUCAGUAAAUAAUAGGUCUGAAUAGUUUAAUAUACUUUGAUAAAUAUUUCU